CCCAACCGAGAGCACAUGACCGGGAUCCACGCGGCAGCAAAAUACAUUAGUCAGCUUCAGAUAGCUGUUGUUGAUGCUCAGAAGGACCAACUGCGAAGGGAGAACCAACACCUGAGGCAGGAAGUUGACAGCCUAAAGAGACGCCUUGUUGAUCUUGAAAAGAGCCAGGGAAUCAAGCAAUAUUAUGACUUCACAAAUAAAACUACUCCCAGUUCUGAGGCCAUUGCAGAAGUACAACCUGCAGCCAACACAUCUGCUCCACCUCCCACAGUAGCAGAUAAACCUCAGCAAGAAAAACCACAGAAGGAAAAGAAGGAGAAGAAAAAGGCAGAAGGUGAAAAGAAAGGAGGUGGAGGAAAGAAGCCAGAGGAAGAAGCAGCUGUUGAUGUUUCUCGCCUUGAUUUUCGAGUUGGGAGGAUUGUUACAGCAAAGAAACAUCCCGAUGCUGAUUCUCUCUAUGUUGAAGAGGUUGAUAUUGCAGAAGGGAAGUUCCGUACAGUUGUCUCAGGGCUUGUGCGGUUUAUACCAGAAGCAGAAAUGCAGAAUCGCAUGGUAGUAUUAUUGUGUAAUCUAAAACCAGCCAAAAUGCGGGGUGUUUUAUCUGAGGCAAUGGUUAUGUGUGCCUCAACCCCUGAGAAGGUUGAGAUACUUGCUCCACCGGAAGGAAGUCAGCCUGGUGACCUUGUAGAAUUUGAGGGUUACACCCGCAAUCCAGAUGCCGUCCUCAACCCCAAAAAGAAGAUAUUUGAAACUUGUGCACCUGAUCUCAAGACUGAUCAAAACAAAGUCGCAGUGUUUAAGGGAGUUCCAUUUACAGUGCCUGGUAAAGGUGUUGUUGUUGCACAGACUCUAGCUAAUGUCCAGGUUAAGUAAUGAUAACCAUGUUGCCUAUUAAAUCUUACAGUGCACAUAUGUAUUUUUUUCUAUCCAUUGCUGGGGUACAAGCUUUUUUGUAGAGGUAAAUUUUCAAUAUCAGAUUUUGGGUGCAAAGAUAGUACAACAAAAUCUUUUUACUUGAUGCAUUUGAUACACAAACAUAUUCAAGACAGGCAGGGGGUAUUGGGUCAGUUGCUCUGAGAUUUUUCGCUGAUGUAUUUGUUGACAGUAAAAUUAUCUCUUCAA